UCCAUAUGUCCCGUGAUGAAGAGGCGAGAAAGGACAGACACGCAUGGCAUGCAUUCAAUGUGUAUUGUUUUCCCAUUGAUGGCAUGGAUGCAUGUGUCCAGGUGUUGACAGCAGCGAGGCCGUUAGUUCGCAGCAGCACACGUAAGGGAGACAGGAAGACCUCCACACAAGUCCAUCGUCGGCAUGCCAUUGUGUGUUGUUCAUUCAGACCAGUUAUCUAUGGCGUCCGAGUCAGUGCCCUCCCUGCGGCACCUCGAAGCGGCCUCCACUUCUGGCGCAGCUGCACAAGCAGCCACCUACAGAGAUCUCCGCAGGCGUCACACUGGCGAACGUGCCGGUCCAACACGUCAUAGAGAUCCCGACAGAGCUUCAUGACGUUUUGGCCUUCGAGAUUGCUGACGUGGAGGGUACUUUGAAGGUCAUUUCUGUGCUGGAGAGGGGGAGGGGCCACUCCGUCUGGCGGCCAUCUAUCGGCUCACCCGCGCCGGCACGACACUGCCCCUGGUGCUGUCGGCCGAUUCGAUGGCCACCGCAAUGGCUUCCCCCGAGCUGCCCUUCACCAUGUCCUUCUACAAGGCCAUCGGACAUCUAUUCUCAUACAGCGGGCGCAGCCUGGCCCUGCAGCCAGCCAACAACGGGGCGUAUCAGAUCGGCAAUCGACUAUUCGUGUGGGGUCAUCGGCUCGGGUGAAGUGGACCGAUCCCGUCAUCCGCCACUGCGUGUGUGUUUACCCCUCCUUCACGGAAUUCUUGCUGCACUGCCUCUUGAGCGCCUGGGCUGGCCAGGAGGUGGGCAUCAGAGAGGUGCUCUCCGCAUCCAUGGACAGCGCCGUCAGCCCCUAUCAGUCGCUGCUGCUCAGGGGUGAAGCGAAAAUCACCAAGGAAGACGGCCUAAUCGUCGACUUGAGCUACGACAAUCGCGACCUGAACCGGGGAUGCACGAGAUGCGACGGCUGCCGUCUCGUGGUAGUGAGCGGCUUCCGGACCAAUGACACGGUCGCCGCCUACCUGUGGGUGGAGAGCGGCUCCGUCUAUCUGUGGAAGACCGAGCUGUCUGCUGCUGGCGCAUCGCAGCCCUGGACAUGAGAUUCCCAGUGUCAAUGCCGUUGUGGCGCCGGGUGCUCCGGCCAUUUAGCCUCGAGAGUGCCGUCAUCGAUGGAGGUACAGUGGCCGUGUGAUGUGACUGUUGCUCUGCGGCUGGGCAAGGGAGCCGGCUGGUUGAUUGGAGUCAUUCAUUCAUGCAGUGUGCUCGUGGGGCUGACUGCACGAGUGAGCACCUAAGCUCUCUGUGGCCUGGCCGGAUGCACGCGUUUCUGGUGGCGCGUGUGCGGCUUGCCAGCGG